AUGAGUGAGAGAUGGGACUCAAACUCUUCAGAAAACUGGCAUGACAUUUGGAGUGUCAAUGACACAAAGUAUCACCUAUACUCAGAUAUCAAUAUCACCUAUGUGAACUACUAUCUUCACCAGCCUCAAGUGGCAGCAAUCUUCAUUAUUUCCUACUUUCUGAUCUUCUUCCUGUGCAUGGUGGGAAAUACAGUGGUUUGCUUUACUGUAAUGAGGAACAAACAUAUGCAUACAGUCACUAAUCUCUUUAUCUUGAACCUGGCAAUAAGUGAUUUACUGGUUGGCAUAUUUUGUAUGCCUAUCACGCUGCUGGACAAUAUCAUAGCAGGAUGGCCCUUUGGAAGCACAAUGUGCAAGAUCAGUGGAUUCAUCCAGGGAAUAUCAGUUGCGGCUUCAGUCUUUACUUUAGUUGCGAUAGCUGUGGAUAGGUUCCGGUGCAUUGUCUACCCUUUUAAACCAAAGCUCACUAUCAAGACAGCAUUUGUCAUUAUUGUGAUCAUUUGGGUCCUGGCCAUUGCCAUUAUGUCCCCAUCUGCAAUAAUGUUACAUGUACAAGAAGAAAAAUUUUACCAAGUGAGACUCAACUCCCAGAAUAAAACCAGUCCAGUCUACUGGUGCCGGGAAGACUGGCCAAAUCAGGAAAUGAGGAAGAUCUACACCACUGUGCUGUUUGCCAACAUCUACCUGGUUCCCCUGUCCCUCAUUGUCAUCAUGUAUGGAAGGAUUGGAAUUUCACUCUUCAAGAUGACGGCGCCCCACACAGACAAACGGAACCAGGAACAGUGGCACAUGGUGUCGAAGAAGAAGAAGGUCAUUAAAAUGCUCCUGAUCGUGGCCCUGCUUUUUAUUCUCUCCUGGCUGCCUCUGUGGACACUGAUGAUGCUCUCAGACUACACUGACCUGUCUCCAAAUGAACUGCAGGUCAUCAACAUCUACAUCUACCCUUUUGCACACUGGCUGGCCUUUUGCAACAGCAGCGUCAAUCCCAUCAUUUAUGGUUUCUUCAAUGAGAAUUUUCACCGUGCUUUCCAAGAUGCUUUUCACCUCCAGCUCUGCCAAAAAAGAGCAAAAGCCAAGGAAACCUACGCCCUAAGAGCUAAAGACAAUGUGAUUAUAAAUGCAUCUCAUCAGUUAGCCCAGGGACCUACUGUUCAAAAUGCACAUGAGGAAAAUUUGCCGUGUAGGAAAAGUGCUGAAAAACCCAAACAAGAAUUGACGAUGGAAGAAUUAGGGGAAGCUAUCCACAGCAAUGAGAUUUUAAAAGAGCUGGUAUGA